AUGAGUUGCCCCUUGGCGAACAGCCAAUAUGCCACCAUCAUCGAGGAGGAAGGCAUCAAUUAUCUCUACAUGAAGACGGUGGAGCGGGCGCAUUCACCCAAGAAUUUGUGGGAGCGCGUGAAGCUGAGUCGGAACUUCUUACAGGCCCUGGAGCAGAUCAGCAAGCAUCUAGAGUUUUGGCCAGAUCGUGUGAUCAACCGUUGCAAGCAGAGGCUGACCAAAAUGAGGCAGAUGUUGAUCAGGACAGAGUUCUCGUUUGGUCUCGCUUAG